AUGUCGGGUCCCGCUAGCCGUCGGCUUCAAGUGCUGCGUGGCCAGAUCGCGCCUCCUGGAUCUACCGGGAACGCUGCGGCAAUGUCAGCGGAGCCCGUGGCGGCCUAUGGACGGCCAAGCGUGUGGGCCCAUAUCCCUGAGGCGCCGGCAGACCCCAUACUGGGGCUGAAUGAGGCCUUCAAAGCUGAUCCCCACCCCAGCAAGCUGAACUUGGGAGUGGGAGCAUACCGCACAGAGGAUGGCAAGCCUCUGGUACUGAAUGUGGUCCGCAAGGCUGAGAUGGCCCUUGUCACAGACCCUAACAGCAACAAGGAAUACUUGGGGAUCGCGGGCAAUGCUGUGUUCUGCCGCCUCAGCCGUGAGCUGGCCUUUGGUACGUCGUGCCAGGCAGUGCGGGGGAAUCGCAUCGCAACAGUCCAGUCCCUGUCUGGGACAGGGGCCCUCAGGGUGGGCGCUGAAUUUCUGAAGGAGCAUCAUCCCUCAAAAGUGAUAUACCUGCCCCAACCCACCUGGGGCAAUCACACCAAGGUGUUCAAGAGGGCAGGCUUGGAGGUGCGGACGUACCGGUACUACGACAGCACAACAUGCGGCUUGAACUUCCAGGGUCUCAUGGAAGAUCUCAUGGGCGCUCCGUCGGACUCCAUCAUCCUCUUGCACGCCUGUGCCCACAACCCCACAGGUGUCGAUCCCACUCCUGACCAGUGGAAACAGAUGCUUAAGGCCAUCGCAGGGAAGCAGCUCCUGCCCUUCUUCGAUUCUGCUUACCAGGGCUUCGCCAGCGGGAGCCUCAGCGCAGACGCGGCCGGCCUUCGGAUGUUUGCGGACGCCUGCCCGCAGCUGCUGCUGGCGCAGAGCUACGCAAAGAACAUGGGGAUGUACGGCGAGAGGGCGGGAGCGCUGUCUGUGCUUUGCAGCUCGCAGGGGGAGGCGGCGGUGGUGGCCAGCCAGCUGAAGCAGGUCAUCCGGCCCAUGUACUCGAACCCUCCCAGGCACGGCGCUGGCAUCGUGGCGGCCAUCCUGGGCUCUCCCGAGCUGUUCCGGGAGUGGGAGGUCGAGCUGUCCGGCAUGGCGGACCGCAUCAAGCUGAUGCGCAGCAAGCUGCACGAGGCGCUCAGGCAGCGGGGCACGCCGGGCAGCUGGGAACACAUCCUGAAGCAGAUCGGCAUGUUCAGCUACACGGGCCUGUCGAAGCGCCAGGUGGAGCACGUCACCAAGAAGUGGCACAUCUACAUGACGCUGGACGGGCGCAUCUCCAUGGCGGGUUUGUCGGCCAAGACCUGCGGCUACUUAGCCGACGCCAUGGAUGAUGCCGUCAGAAACGUGCCCAAAUGA